GGGGUUUAAUGGCACAGGCAGGGAGCCCAGCCAACAGCGAGUUGCAGUAAUCCAGACGGGAGAUGACAAGUGCCUGGAUUAGGACCUGCGCCGCUUCCUGUGUGAGGCAGGGUCGUACUCUGCGGAUGUUGUAGAGCAUGAACCUACAGGAACGGGGAUGCAGAACAGCUGAACAAGGCCACAAUUUGCCGCACAAUAAGGAGUGUGUGUCUGGCUAUCAAGCAUUAGCAGAUGUCUUCAUCUCCUUCCCUGGCCACAGAAGACUCUGUGACAUCAAAGAGGAGUUCUAUAGGAUUGCAGGUUUCCCCAAUGUCAUUGGUGCAGUGGACUGCACACACAUAAGGAUAAAAGCCCCCUCAGGUGCCCAUGAGGCCGAUUUUGUGAAUAGGAAAUCCUUUCACAGCAUUAAUGUUCAGAUGGUCUGCAAUGCUGACUGUGUGAUCAGCAAUGUUGUGGCAAAAUGGCCUGGCUCAGUCCAUGACUCCAGAAUCUUUCGGGCCUCUGAAAUCUAUCAGUGCCUAUCACAAGGUGAAUUCUCUGGUGUGUUGCUGGGAGACAGGGGGUAUGGCUGCCAGCCUUUUCUCCUGACACCUUUCACAGACCCCCAGGAAGCACAGCAGGCCUACAACCAUGCCCAUGCCAGGACCAGGGCCAGAGUUGAAAUGACCUUUGGCCUCCUGAAGGCACGCUUUCACUGCCUUCACAAAUUAAGGGUCAGUCCUGUUAGGGCAUGUGAUAUUACUGUGGCUUGUGCUGUCCUCCACAAUGUGGCCUGCCUGAGGAAGGAGAGGGCCCCAGAGUGCCACCAGCCAUGGACUGGGACAAUCCGGCAAUCUUCCCUGAUGACGACAGUGGUCGGCUGCUGAGGGACCAAUAUGUGUUGAAUUAUUUUAGUUAGUAUGUGUGCUUUCAAUUUUGGUUAAAUAUGUCCUGCGGUGGCAGAGGAAUUUGGGUUUUUUUGGGUUCGUUUUUUGACGAAUUUGGCCUCUUAUGAUGUUUGUGCGGUAUACUGUGUGUAAUACAAGGCUGCAGGGAGGCUACUGCAUCCAUUCAUUUGUCUGUUCAGUUGAUGUGUAUGGAUUUGUCCUGCAUUUAUUUUAGUGUGCAGACAUGCAGGGUGUGUUAUAUACAGACCUUUGAAUGUGUAUGUAUCAUUUUGUAUAAUAUGCUUGGAUUCUGUGCUUUCCAUCUUGUAGAGUCACUGUGACUUCAGUUUUGAAAGGAGCUGAUGGUUUACCUGCUUUGUUUUGUCCUUAUUCAAUAAAGGAACAUAAUGUUACACAUUGUGUUUUUAUAUUCA